AUGGAAAAAACUCUGAAACGAUGUCUGCAGUUGUUGUUAUUGGUCUCAAUAUUAUCUGCCGGCGACAACAACACUAUCUUCCUUCAUAGAACUCUAGCAGAUGGCGUCACUCUCGAGCAAGCCAGACAUCUUCGAGACGAGGUUCGUGAAAUGUUCUAUCAUGCUUUUAAUGGAUACAUGGACCAUGCUUUUCCGCUUGAUGAAUUAAAACCUCUAUCAUGUGAAGGAGAAGACAGUCUUGGUGGUUAUGCUUUGACUCUGAUUGACUCCUUGGAUAUGCUGGCCCUACUUGGUGAUCAAGAACGGUUCACUUCCUCUGUUGAAUGGAUCGGUAAAAAUCUUCGGUUUGAUAUAAAUAAAACAGUAUCUGUAUUUGAGACUACCAUCCGUGUCCUUGGAGGUCUACUUUCUGCUCAUCUUAUUGCAAGUGAUUAUGCUACGGGUAUGAGAAUUCCAUCCUAUGACAACCAAUUGCUUCACUUAGCUGAGGAUCUGGGUCGGAGAGUGUUACCUGCAUUUGAGACUCCAACAGGAAUUCCAUUUGGGUCUGUUAAUCUGUUAUAUGGGGUUGAUGAACAUGAAAUCAGGAUAACAUCAACUGCUGGUGGUGGAACUUUGACAUUGGAAUUUGGGAUGCUUAGUCGUUUGACCAACGAUCCUAUUUUUGAGCAAGUAACAAAGAAUGCUGUGCGUGGAUUAUGGGCUCGCCGUUCAAAACUUAACUUGCUUGGUGCUCAUAUCAAUGUAUUUACAGGUGAAUGGACACAAAAGGUAACAUUUUCUGAAGCAUUUAAAGUGUGUAAAGGGCCUCGAGUUUUUAAAAUUGCUUGGGAUGCUGGAAUAGGAACAAGUAUUGACUCUUUCUAUGAGUAUCUCUUGAAGGCUUAUUUGUUAUUUGGAGAUGAGGAGUAUUUGUUCAUUUUCCAAGAAGCCUAUGCAGCUGUUAUGCAUUAUCUUUACAAUGAUCCUUGGUAUGUUGAGGUAAACAUGGAUUCUGCUGCUAUUGUCUGGCCAUUGUUUAACAGUUUGCAGGCCUUCUGGCCAGGCCUACAGGUUUUAGCCGGAGACAUUGAUCCUGCAAUUCGAACUCAUGCUGCAUUCUUCAGUGUCUGGAAAAGAUAUGGUUUUACUCCAGAGGGCUUCAAUCUUGCUACUCUGACUGUUCAGCAUGGGCAGAAGAGUUAUCCACUGCGCCCAGAGUUGAUAGAGAGCACAUAUUGGCUAUACAAGGCUACCCGAGAUCCUAGAUAUCUCGAUGUUGGAAGGGACAUGGUUGUGAGCUUGCAAUAUGGGGCUCGAUGCCCCUGUGGCUAUUGUCAUAUAGUAGAUGUAGAAUUUCACAAGAAAGAGGACCACAUGGAGAGCUUUUUCCUAGCUGAAACUGUUAAGUAUCUGUGGCUUCUUUUUGAUCUGGCUUCGGGCCCAGAUAACCUUGUAGAAAACGGGCCAUACAAGUAUGUCUUCAGCACAGAAGGUCACUUACUGCCUGCAACCCCACAAAUAUCUCUCAUACGGGAACAUUGUUCAUAUUUUGGUGCUUACUGUAAAAGUGGUGACAUUGAACAGGAAUCUCAUAAGUCAGACAUCUCAAUUAAUCCUCAAGAAACUAAUGCCAGUGCGUUUUCUGGGAGCUGGAUUCAUUCCAGCUAUCCAUCAGAUUCCUCUUUUCUUGAGUCUACUACUACAUCAGGGUUGAUGAAGGGAGUUUGCCCAGGAUUAACACAUGCACAAAAGUAUGGAAUAUCAUACCUAGAUGCAACUGAUACAGCUUGGGAGGAUCACUCCACAUCCCAAAGAGAGAAUGAGGCUGAGAGCCAUCGUCUGCUGGUUGUUUCCCACCGAAGUGCCGAUAAUUCUGUGUCUAACGACAAGAACAGUGAUCAUGGUAACACUGUACAGGAAUCAAGUGAAUAG